UUCAGAGCCCUUCAGUCCACUACCACUUGUGCUCACAAUCACCAUGUUCAAGCUUGCACUUAUCACCCUCUUCGUCGCCGCGGCUUCGGCCUACGCCCCCGCCCCCUUGGCUGUCGCUCACGCUCCCCUGGCUGUAGCUCACGCACCCGUAGCUGUGGCUCACGCCCCCGUCGCCACCUCCUACGCUAACACCUACAGAGUUGCCUCUUCUGUUGUCGCCCCAGUCGCCCCUGUAGCGUACGCUGCUCACGCCCCCGUCGUCAGGCCUUACGCCGCCCCUGCUGUGGUUGCCGCCCCCGUCUACAGAGCGUACGCUCCCGCCGCUUACGCUGCCCCCGUAGUCGCCCCCGCCGCCGCUCCCCUCAGCUACGGGUACGCCGCACCUUACUACGGCAAGGCCUAUGGUCACCCUGCUCCUUACUACGGUGCCCUCAUUGCCCUCUUCGUCGCCGCGGCUUCGGCCUACGCUCCCGCCCCUCUGGCUGUCGCCCACGCCCCGCUGGCUGUCGCCCACGCACCGGUGGCUACUUCCUACUCCAAUACCUACAAAGUUUCCUCCUCUGUUGUACCAGUGGCGCCCGUCGCUCCUGUUGCCUACGCCGCCCACGCACCCGUAGUCAGGCCUUAUGCCGCCCCUGCCGUGGUAGCCGCUCCCGCCUACGCUCACGCUGCCUAUGCUCAUCCCGCUUACGCUGCUCCUGUGGUUGCCCCUGCCGGCGCUCCCCUCAGCUACGUCUACGCCGCUCCCCACUACGGCAGAGCCUAUGGUUACCCUGCCCCUUAUCACGGUUAAAUUAACCAGUAUAAAUUAAAUUUAUCCAAAGAAAUUUAAUUUUAUAAAAAAUCUCAAGUUGUAUAAAUUUAUAUUUUAUUAAAUUUAAUACAACACCAAAUUAGUUAAUUUUAUUAGCUUUCCAUGUCAAUAGGUUUAUUGCUAUAUUUAGAGAAUACAAAAAGACCUUAAUUUAGGAAAA